UCGAGGCAGGUCCGUUUUACCUAUCGCACCCACCAGUUAUCUGAUACCUUCUAGAUACGUCGGUCAUUGCAGAGUCUAUGCUCUCUCUUCUUUGUUUUCGUUUACAAUUCAUUCGUUUUCUGAUUACGAAAUUCUUUCGGAUUUCAGUUUGUUUUCUUUAAUCUUCUUUUCGAUUUGUUUCGUUGUGUUUGAGGCGUUUGGAUUGAUUUGAAAGCGAAUUCCGGUGCGAGGAAGACCUCAGGAUUUUGAAUCUAUCUACGAUAAACUUGAAUUUUGUUUUGUAUAUUCUCAUUGGACGGAGGUUUUUUAGGUUUCUCCAUGUCGGGCCCUAGAAAAGAAGAUUCGAUUACCAGCAACGUUAACGAAGGCGCCGAUCGUGAUAACGUUGAAGAAUUCGAGGACUCGUCUCGAGUUGGCGGUGUUUCUUCGAAUGUUGUUGAGGUUUCUGGUGGUCCGCAUGCUUCAACGAGGGAGAUUAACCUUACGGAGCGGCUGACUCAUAUGCUUGUCGAGGAAGGAGAUGGCGAUCUGUUGCUGCAGCAGAGCGAUCGGGAAGAUUGGGUUAUUCGGUGGCUUCAGGCGCUAGAUAUGCAAGUCAUGGGUGCUUGUCGGGCUGAUGAAAGGUUGAAGCCGUUGUUGAAGAUGACUACGUCCAGCGGCAUCGCGGAGGAUCACCUUCUUGCUCAAUUGAGUCAGCAUUUCGAGCCGGGUGAAGUUGGCAUUCUAGCGAGGUGUUUCUGUAUACCUCUCGUCUCUAUUCGCGUUGGGAAAAUAGACAAGCAAGGAACAAUCCUUUGCCCUACGAAUACAAGGGGAAACUUAAAACUAAUGGUCCUACCAUCAUCCGACUUUCGACUUUCAUUCAUUGGAGAUAAUGGGUCUGUAGAGAGACUAUUCGCUCUGAAUAACAGAUUGUCAAGUGAUUUCGUUACACUUGAUGAGAUCCCUUCAGAUAAUUCUGGCCGUUCAUUUGUUAUUAAAGCAAAUGAUCAAAAUAUCUAUUUUUGGUGCUCAGAGAAGUCAAAGCUCUUGGGAACUGAACUACUUGCGAAGAUGAAAGACUUACUGCAGAGAAGACCCUCUAUUGCUGAAUUAACUGGAAUCAGUGAAUUGCGCCUUGGUUGCUUUGCAACAUGCCUUCGUGCCUAUCUUAUGGAGUCAACUGUUCCUAACCAACAUCCAGUAAGUUCUGCUGAUUUGUUCUCUUCAUUAGACUCCACAAGAGAACUAUCCUAUUCAUCUUAUUUUGGACAAUCGUGUGCAUCAUCCAAAUCUGUGCGGUCAAGAAAUUCUGGUAGUUCAGCAGUUAAAUCAAAUUCUGUACUCCAGGGUAGUCUUAGCCCCAGGUUGAAUUCCUUUAAAGAAGGCCUUCCUAAGACGUUGUUUUCUCUGAGAGAUGCUGCUAGGGAAAAAUUCAGGAGGCGUGGAGACAGUUUGGCUUUAGAUAACCGUAUUGUUGCUCCAUCGAUUUCCACUGAUGCAUUUUGUGUUAAUUCUAUAAAUCAAACUGCUGAUUCAAGUAGCCCAUUAUCUGCAUCGAGUUUUUUGGAAUCAUUGGGAAAAUUAGCUGCCCCAACUCCUGAAGUUUCAUCUCAUGUUCCUUGUGUUGUUUCACCUCUCUUAACUCCUUACUACUGCUGGUGUCCUCCUGGUGCACCAUCAAUUCUGCAGCAAAGGGAAGAACCUUCUCAACUCCCCAUCCCAUCCAUCAGUGCAUCUUCCCUUCCACCAUUUCCUUCGCUGUUACCAGUUUCUACACCUUCAAAUUUGUCGGUUCCAAUAUCACCUUUAAAUCUAGUUGAUUAUCCGUUAGUGGAUUUCCCUUCUCUAUUUCCAGAGCCACUAGUCCGUCUGCCUUUGAAAACCUCUCAGCAGAUCCCGACCUUCACUCCUUUGUUCUGCGAUCCAAUUGUUCAUGUUCCUGUAAUUGAUGUUUGCUCCUCGGGUCAAGGCUACCUUGUGAGUGCAGGCCCUACAAUUUCGGCCUCCAUUCCGCCACUGCAUCCUACACUCGUGAAUCCAAUGAUACCUGCUAAUAAUGUAGAAAAGGAUCCUAGAGAGACACUGCGUCUGCUCAUCAGUGGUUCAAGCCAGGGCAACCCUCAAUUGAUGAACGUACUCCCUGUUGUUCUAACAGAUACACAAGCAAAUCAAAGUUUAUUUUUAACUGGAAGCCGUGGUCUGUACAGUAAUGCUCGAGACAUCGACGCAAUUGCAAACAGCAUUGCUUCACUGGGCAUUGUGUCACUUUCAGGGAAAUCCGCAAGUGAUGUCGACGAUUUGAAUGGCCAUCCAGAUGACAGCAGUGACUCAGAGAGCUCUUGUUUGCAUGAGCUUUCCCCAUCUCAUUCCGAGGGAAGGAAGUCUGGCUGAUAGAAAGUUUAUCUUCAUACAUUCAUUUCUUCUUUGCAGAACUUGGUCGCUUUUGUUGCCGUCUGCUAAUGUGUAGAUAUAUAGCUUUUGUAUUUCGAGUUACAAUUAGCGUUGCUCUUCACCAAAAGAGGUUGAUGAGUUCGUUGUGUCUUGGGGGGUGAUAUGUCUAUAGUUUUCCUGCCGUAGUAUAUGGAGUUCAUGUUUUCUUUCCGUCAAUGCCCUCUGUUUUCUUACUGUGUUGGGUUACUCUUAUUAGUAUGUCUUGGUCGUUUUUUAGGUUAAAAACGUACGUGUUCAUAUACAGUGUGUUUAGGAUACGGUUUGUAAUUAGAAGCAGCAAAAUCCAUCCA